AAAAGGUGUUGAUUUAAAGAUGGCUACUGAUUUUGUCUCCUCUUCCAGAGUAGUAGUUUGAUAUAUUAUAUACAAUUCUAAAUAUUUAUUAUUGUCUGAAAAAUUUUUAGACGUUUAUAUUCCACACUUGUUUAUAUGCUCAUUACGAAGUCCGAACAUACUGUGAUUGUAAAGUGUUGUCAUUUACAUUAUCGUAUGUAAUAUAAAAUAUUUUCUUAAUACUUAAUUUAUCUGCUUAUGUCGGCAUAAGACCUUCAAAUUGACCGUUAGUACCAUAUAGUUGCAGUUCUGAUAAAAACAUGAACACGGUGGGACGAGGCAGGGGCUGGCUGCACGGAGAGCCGGACCCGGUCCCGACAAGGCGUCCUGGCGGGCUUGGGGACCGCGACCUGUGUGCUCUCCUCGCCUCGAAAGUAAGCGCCCUGGACGUGAACGGCCCGAGCCUGCCCAGCGACUUGGGCUCUUUCUUGGAGGAUCUGCAGCUCCACUGUCGCGACAAGGACUCGCUGAACUCCAUUGUGAAGCAGCUACACGACAGAAGUUUGGAAGACAGGCAGUUUGGAAUCAAGGCAGCGAAGGCAUUUGCUGCAGCUUCAAUGUUUGAAGUGGACGACACAAAACUUAGAGUCUCAGUUCUUUGUUGCGUGCAGAAGGAUUUUGAAGAGCGCUCCCAGCUGCAGACGUCCAACAACGCCAAGUUCCUGAACUCGGUGGCGCUCAUGGGGGAGGUGUUCCGCAGCAUGCGCCUGCCGGGCGACAUGCCCAUCCACAUCCUGGUGGAGCCCUUGCUGGAGUACCAGGACAUGCUGCUCGCCGGCGACGAGCACGAGCUGGAGGUCUUCACGUCGCAGCUGGCGGUGAACGGGAAGGCUCUGCGGGAACGCGAGCCGGCCAAGAUGGCUGUCCUGAUGAGGAGGGUGCGCACGACCCUGAUGUCCCGCAACUUGUGCGGGCGCAGUCGCUGCUGGUUGCUGGUGGCCCUGGACCUGGAAGCAGUUCAGUACGGCCAACUGCCCGGAGACCUGCUGGAGUACUACCAGGUGCACCUCGGCCCCAGCAUGCUGUCGCAGCUGCUGAGGGUCAACGUGAACCAGCUGCCUUCGCCGGUGCCCCAGGAUGACGUGCCGAAGAGGUUUCCUCCCGCCGUGGCCCCGCCCAGCAAGCGGUUCCCUCCUGCAUCCCCCAUCAGCAACGGAACGCCUACGAUCGUCCCUUUCAGGGAAAACCUGAAGACUGCCAAGAACGUCAGCCCGAAGGAAGCGAAGGAAAGCAUGCCUGUGGCAAGGCGGGAAAGCUCCAAGUUCCCGUCCUCUGCCAACUACCCCCCGAGGAGGAGCGGCGAGCGACGCUGGGAGGAGGGCGAGACUCUGGAGUCGGACAGAGCCGCGUGGGGCAUCUCGCAGCCGAGGAGGACUGGCGCGUACGAACCCGAGCAUGAUGAUCGUCUCAGCAAGAACUAUGACGGCGGAAGUGCCAGAGCGAGGGUCACCUCCGAGAGGAACUGGAGGGAAAAGAAGCAGGAAGACUCGUCAUCCAAGUUGGACGGCAGGAAUACCUACAGCAGGACCAACAGCAAGAAGGAAAAUUCACCAUCGAACGUGUCGUUGCCAAAUGACAGUGAGGAGAGUUGGGACUAAUCCUCUCAUUUACUGUUUAUGAUUGUUCACGUUAUAAAUACUGGUUAUGUACUGAACUAUGUAGGGUAAGUGAUAAAUGUUCGUUCUUUACAA